UCUGAAGCGUUAUCCGCUCUCUCCUCACUUGUAAACCACGCUUCGGCGCUGCUGCUUCACCCAAGAUUCCACCGGCGAUGUCUUCGGCUAACUCCGCCACUGCUCUCGCCGUCGCUUCUCUCCCGUGGAGGUGCCCUUCUUUCUUCUUCUCCCCUUCCCCCUUCUCUCUGCUCCAAACUCCCCUCUCCUGUCGUAAAUUCCUCUGCCUCUCGCUUUCCCGCCUUGUCUCCUCUCGCUCCCAUCUCAUAGCUGGAGCAGCUCCGGUCACCGCUCUGUCUUCGGGGACGGAGAAGAAGCGGGUUCUCAUCAUAAACACCAAUAGCGGCGGCCACGCGGUUAUUGGCUUCUAUUUCGCCCGCGAGCUUCUCGGCGCCGGUCACGAUGUCACCAUCCUCACCGUCGGUGAUGAGGGUUCCGACAAGAUGAAGAAGCCUCCUUUCACAAGAUUUUCGGAGUUGGUGAGUGCCGGCGGCCGGACGGUUUGGGGAAGCCCUGCGGAUGUGGGGAAGGUUGUGGGCUCGGCCGCAUUCGAUGUGGUGUUGGAUAAUAAUGGCAAGGAUUUGGACGCGGUGAAGCCUGUAGCCGAUUGGGCCAAAUCUUCAGGAGUAGAGCAGUUUCUUUUCAUCAGCAGUGCUGGCAUCUAUAAGACAACUGAAGAGAUCCCACAUGUUGAAGGGGAUCCUGUUAAAGAUGAUGCAGGUCAUGCUGCAGUGGAGAGAUACAUUGCAGAUUUGUCUUUUGGUAGCUGGGCAAUAUUCCGCCCCCAGUACAUGAUAGGAUCUGGAAACAACAAGGAUUGUGAGGAGUGGUUCUUUGACAGAAUUGUGCGCGGCAGACCAGUUCCAAUUCCUGAAUCAGGGAUGCAACUCACCAACAUCUCACAUGUGAGGGAUCUAUCCAGCAUGCUUUCCCUUGCAGUUGCUGACCCCAUUGCUUCCUCUCAGAAAAUUUUCAACUGUGUUAGUGAUAGAGCCGUUACAUUCAACGGUUUGGUCAAGCUAUGUGCACAAGCAGCUGGUCUUGAGGCCAAAAUCAUUCAUUAUGAUCCAAAAUCUGUAGGAGUUGAUGCAAAGAAGGCGUUUCCUUUUCGCAACAUGCAUUUCUAUGCAGAGCCAAGGGCAGCCAAAGAGAGACUUGGAUGGACUAGCACCACCAAUCUUCCUGAAGAUUUGAAAGAGAGGUUUGAUGAAUAUGUUAGCAUUGGAAGGGACAAGAAGCAGAUACAGUUUGAUAUUGAUGACAAGAUUUUGGAAUCUCUCAAAGUAGCUGUAGCAGUUUAAGCAUUUCUAGCUCUUUUUUUUUUUUUGUACUUACUUACUCAUGCCCAACCCUUCCCUUGCCAUUCAAAAACGAAAUAUAUAUAGAUAUUAUAGUAACAAUAAGAUGGAUAUUUUCUUUGCUGCAUUUGUUGUAUUUUAUUUUAUAAAAUUGAGGGCAUAAGAAAGGGUCAAUUGCAGGAAGAACAACGAUGAUAGCAGUUUUUAUA